AUAGGCUUGGCCCCUAAGCAGAAUGCGUCUACGAUUAUGGAUAAGGCUUCGCAGAGUCCUGAUGACCGUUUUGUACAUCGGGAUUUGCUUGCUUGUCCUGGAUCUUAUCGGUAUACCAAGACUGAUCGAACAGCUCAUGGCGGAUCCCACCAGACUGAGUCUCUUCACUCACAACACAGUAAGCUUCUGUGGGGGGAAUUUCAAAGGUUAUGUUAAUAAGUUUGCCCACCUCAAAAUGGUAAUCUUAGACCCAAAGAAGUCGGAUGGCCGGGUGGGCGGAGAAGAUGUGAAGUCCGUACUAGAACAGCCAGAGUUUGUCGAAUACUUUGAGUUUUCUCCAGGGUAUUUCACUCUUGAAUGCAGCGCCAUACCAACAUACAGAUUCCGGGACGAACAUCAUCUCAACAUGUGGAUGGACGUUUUAAAACCACAAGAUCCAACGCUGACCACAGAUAUCCUACAAGCUAAGGGAGGCGACUCCGUGCGUAAGAAGUUUACUAUUGCCGUCACUCGAUACGAAUAUGCGAAUCUGUAUCACCAAAUGGCUGACAUAUACAAUGCAUACAUUAUGUUGAGGGUCUUUAACCUGGAUCCAGACAAAACAGAUAUCCUGUUUGUAGACGGACACCCUAAAAGCAACCUAGAUGAGAUAUGGGACACACUUUUUGGUGACGUCAUUCGUGCGGGUCACUUGAAAGAGCCUCUACUUUUCGAGAACCUUAUAUGGAAUAUUCAAGGCUAUACAUCAUCGAUUCACCAGCAUGAUCGGGAGAAGAUACCGGAAGUUCCAGAGUUUGGCCAUUUUGUUUUACAUCGCCACGGUAUGUCCGAAAACAGGAAAUUAGACUGCAGGAAUAUAUCGGUGUUGUUCAUAUGGAGGCGAAAUUAUGUGGCGCAUCCCAGAAACCCGUCUGGUGUUGUGGCGCGUAAAGUGCUGAACGAAAACGAGGUUAUAUCAUUCGUUCAAAACAAUUUACAUGUUGACGGAAAACCAACUGGCACAGUAAAAGGCAUCCAUUUGGAGGCUAUGAGCUUCGGUGAACAAUUACAGCACAUCCGCAAUACGGACAUACUGAUUGGUAUUCACGGAGCUGGCUUAUCACAUGCUUUAUUUUUACCUCAACAUGCCGGUCUUAUAGAAAUAUUCUCCUCUCGAAAACUAGCCGUCAACCGGCAUUUUCAAGCCUUGGCUAGAUGGAGAGGUGUCCGCUAUGAGAAAUACGAGAACAGAUAUACCAACAAUGAUGCUGGCAAUGAUGACGUCACCUUGGAACCUUUUGAAAUAGCGGAACUAGUCAACGAAAUGAGAGACAAAAUUUGCCACGACGAAAGUUUGUGAAUUUAUUCGGAAAAAGGAUAUGAAUACCAUGAAUUAGCUCCAAAAAGCUGCUUUAUAAAUCAUCCGGUUUGUCGACAUUAUGUAUGUGUACGUCUUUUUAACUAUAGAUCUAGAUUAAGUAUCGUGAAUUAUACUAGUUAAUUUAUGUGUCAUGUAGACAAGACUGUAUUAAAUCUGUGAAUGUUGAGAUUCAAUGCAUUUCGAAAUAUUUUGUGCCCACAAGGUUUUGAUACUAAAAGUUAUCGCUAUCAGCAAGGUUGGCAGCCUGA